ACAAGAGACACACGACUCGGCAUGCGACCCAAAUAGCUCCCAGCCACGAACGCGACGCAAUUCCAUCCCACCCAUACCGAUUCAAGCCAUGUCGCGGCUUACGGGCAGAAUGCCCAAAGGCUUGGGACAGAGCUGGACGGCUCCUGCAGCUGCCGUAGUCCGCCGCCAGACCUGCCUCGCCGUCCGCACCGUGCCAGCCCGCUUCUCGUCCACCGAAAGCAACAAGCCCAAGUCGACCGGGCCCUCCUUCAAGGGCCAGUUGACCCACAGCAUUAUGAAGCGUCUCGAACGCGAGCGGGCAGACCUCGAGCGCAUGGCCAGGACCCGGCCCGAGUCGACGAUGGCCAGAAACUUUAGCAUCACUUUCGUCAUCUUCUUUGUCGGCUCCGUCUCCUGGUUUUUGGGCUACCAGUACCCGCGCGAUGUCGACCCCAAUUCGACCUUGCCGCUGAAUGCCACGCGCCCGCCCAGCUACAAGCUCAACCCGGCCCACCUCGAGGCCGCCUGGGCCGACUUUGUCGAGAUUGUGGGCCAGGACAACGUGAGCACCGUCGAGGACGACAUCAAGCAGCACGCCACGUCGGAGUGGUCGUCGCACCAGCCCGACCCGGCCCACAAGCCCUUCUGCGUCGUCUACCCCUCGACCACGGAGCAGGUCGCCGCCCUCAUGAAGAUCUGCCACACCCGGCGCAUCCCCGUCGUCGGCUACAGCGGCGGCACCAGCCUCGAGGGCCACUACACCCCGACCCGCGGCGGCAUCUGCGUCGACUUCAGCCGCAUGAACAAGGUUCUCGCCCUGCACAAGGACGACCUCGACGUGGUCGUGCAGCCUGGCGUCGGCUGGGAGGACCUCAACGAGCAGCUGGCCGAGCACAACCUCUUCUUCCCGCCCGACCCGGGCCCCGGAGCCCAAAUCGGCGGCAUGAUCGGCACAGGAUGCAGCGGCACCAACGCCUACCGCUACGGCACCAUGCGCGAGUGGGUCCUGUCGCUGACGGUCGUCCUGGCCGACGGCACCGUCAUCAAGACGCGCCAGCGGCCGCGCAAGAGCAGCGCCGGGUACGACCUGACCAAGCUCUUCAUCGGGUCCGAGGGCACGCUCGGGCUCGUCACCGAGGCGACCCUCAAGCUGUGCGUCAAACCUGCCGCCGCAUCCGUUGCCGUCGCGAGCUUCCCCUCGAUUCGGCACGCCGCCGAUUGUGUGGCGCGCGUGGUGGGCGACGGCAUCCCCGUCGCGGCCGUCGAAGUUCUGGACGAUGACCAGAUGCGGUUUCUGAACGGCUCCGGCGGGACCUCGCGCACAUGGCGUGAGGCGCCGACGCUGUUUUUCAAGUUUACGGGAACUGCGGCGGGGGUGAAAGAACAGGUCGAGAUUGUGCGGAGGCUGGCGACGCGCGCGGGCGGGCAGAGUUUUGAGUUUGCGAGGGAUGAUGACGAACAGGCGGAGCUGUGGUCGGCUAGGAAGGAGGCGCUGUGGAGUACCAUGGCGCAGAGGCGGCCCGGCGACCAUGUCUGGACGGGGGACGUCGCGGUGCCGAUGAGCAGGCUGCCGGAUAUUAUUGAGGAGACGAAGCGGGAUUUAAAGACGUCUGGGCUGACAAGCUCGAUUGUGGGGCAUGUCGGGGAUGGGAAUUUCCAUAUUAUCCUGCUCUACAACGACGGGGAGCGCAAGCUGGCCGAGGACUGCGUCCACCGCAUGGUCAAGCGGGCGGUUGAGAUGGAGGGGACCGUGACGGGCGAGCAUGGCGUCGGGCUCGUCAAGCGCGAUUACCUGCCUCAUGAGCUGGGCGAGACGACUGUGGAUGCGAUGAGAAAGAUCAAAGCCGCCUUCGACCCGCUCUGCCUGCUCAACUGCGACAAAGUUGUGCGUGUGCAGAAGCCCAAGCGUGGGGAGGUGGCUGAGUGGUGAUAAACCGUGUCUGUAUUAUUUACCUCGCUCCUUCUUCCAUGUGUUCAAUCGUAUACCCUUCCUAUCUCAUGAGGAAUCUCACGGAGGGAUGUCCGCUGCCGAGCGUGGAUUGGGGGGUAUGCUCUGCAAGAUGCUCUAUAAGCGGCAAUGUCGUAUAUGCUCCAGGAUAUACCAACCAUUUGAGUGAUGCAAAGGUUAUGUCACGGCUCUGCUUGAGCAGUGUUGCUGCUGCUCUCCAAAGCAAGUGGCUUGCCGUGG